AUGGCGUUGUUAAGUUAUGCUUCAGAUCUAUUCAUGCCACUUUUCUGUUCUUCCAGAGCAUAUGUGGUAGUGUUUAAUCUGAUUAAUUUGAUAGCAAUAUACGCUGCUGUGUACUGGUCAUCAAGUUUCUUACAAUCAACCUACAACGUACCUGGCAUUUUUGCACCUAAUUCGCAAGACUAUUUUAGGACGUCGUUACUAGGGUUCCUUUCUCCAUUUUUAUUAUAUUUCAUUAAAACAUUCCUUUUCAGUGUUAAUUCCAGUUAUCUGGCUCUCAAUAUUGUUGUUGAGCACUGCAUAAAUGACUGGUUUAUGCUACUGAUUAUUUUCUCUUUGGCAUAUCCUCAAUUACAGGAUUCAACAUCACCAAUUGGAGGGUUUUCGUUCCACUUCGGUAAAACAGACUCCUCAACAGUAUGGCAUAUUAUCCCUAAGCAAUGUUAUAUAUUUGGCAUUUCGUGGUCUUUUAGUGAGGUUGUAAUAAGUGUCAUGGAGACAUUAUAUAACUACGAAGAGGUAAGUUCAUUUACAGAAUCUGACCUGAAGGCAAGUAUGAUGUCAAACACCUCGGAUGGGUAUGAAGACAUCAGAAAAGAGAUUGAGCUCGGCAAAUGUGUCAGUAUCAGACGGAAUAGAUCCAAAAUAUCGAGCAAUGUGUAUAGUCCAGGGUAUGGAUCAACCAACUUCCCCUCGGUGGCUUCGACCCCUGAGUCUGCAACUAACCAGGAUAUUAAUUCUGAUGAAUCUACAAUGGUUAUCAAUUUUAACACGGACACUAUGAAAUUUCUAAAUGACAUUGAGAGCCAUGGUAACGAUAUGGGAAACUAUCAGUGGAUUCCGAUAAGAACAGGAUCGUUUUCUUACCAACAAUCAUCUCCUUUGAUUCAGCAUAAAGUGUUUCCUCGCAUUCAAAACUGGAAGGAGCUUAUGAGUAAAAUUGUAGUCUCAAAUCUCAUUCACAUUGACUAUAUUUUGAACAACGUCGGACAAGCACUUAUACUUUCAAUUUACUUUAUCUACGUUCCCAGUCACCCAUCGUUAUUUACCAAGAUUGUUGUGUAUUUCGGUUCAAAGUCAUUCGCAAAUUUCCUACUGUCGGUAGUCAUACCAUUCUUCGUGAUACGAGCAUUGUUCUUCGUGUUUUUAUACACAUGGAAAGACAUGUCAGUGAGCGUUUACAAUGCUGGUUCAAGUUCACAAGAACAGCAGCACCCUUCACGUAGUCUGAAUACAGAAUUUGCCUACGAUACUAUAAACACCCCAUUGAUGAUGCAGACUUCUGCACCACCAAACUUAACUUCUAUUCGCUCCGUAAGUCCCGAGAACGUGCUGCUGUACCAUUCGAUACACCCUCCUGUCGAUGUAAAUCUUCAAACGGACGACAGCAAGCUACUCCGAUUGUCCCGUCGGAUCGUCAAUUUUUGGCAAAAAAGCUCAACGAACCCAUGGUUCGUGCCUAUUGGUUUGACAUGUUGGUCAAUUACAGUAUUCGUAAUAGCAAUGCUUGCAACUGUGAAGUUUGAUUCAUGUCACAAUUGA